AUGAAGUGGUCGGUCGUGCUGCUGGCCCUCGGGCUGGCCUCGCUGGCAGACGCCUUCUUCUUUCCGUUCUUCAACAAGGGCAAAGGAGGAGGACAGUCGCACAAGCACGGCUAUCCGGGGGCUAGUAAAGUGCCGACGCACUAUGGUGGCUCGGGGAAGGGCAAGGGCGGCCACGGCAGCGCGGAGGAGGAGGAUAUCCCGGCGGUACUGGAGGUCACGGCGGUGGAGGGGGUGGCUACCCAGGGGGUACUGGAGGGCACGGCGGCGGCGGCAGCAGCGGAGGAGGAGGAGGAGGGUAUCCUGGUGGCACCGGAGGACAUGGUGGCGGAGGAAAGGGGCCUGGAGGUCAAGGAGGGGGAGGAGGAGGAUAUCCUGGUGGCGCUGGAGGACAGGGCGGUGGAGGAACAGGAACCGGAGGUCUCGGCAGUGGAGGAGGAGGAGGAGGAUAUCCCGGUGGAACGGGAAGCACUGGAGGAGGCGCGGGCGCUGGUACCGGCCUCCUUCACCUCGGGCGUGUUCCCGGCGACGCUGACCGGCGGCGCGCCGCUGCCGUCGUACACGCGGACCUUGGUCAGCAGCCUGGCGCCGGGGCCGCGCCGCAGCGCCCCGCCGCCGGUCUCGUACCUGCCGCCCGAGCAGGGCCGCUACGGCCAGGGCCAGGCCUCCGACAAGGUGCCCACCUACGUGCAGCCGGCGAGUGGGGCGCGGCUGCUGCCGGCCGCACCGGUCGCGUCGCCGGCCGAGGACGCCUCGCUGAACGGCGUCAACACUGACCUGUUCACCGCCCAGCUGGAUGAGUCGAACGUGGUGGUGGUGGCGCCGGCGCGGCUGGACGGCCGACCGCGGCUGGCUGGACCCGGGGUACUGCAACAGGGGCCGCAGGUGGCGCUGCAGGCGGCCGCCAGCGGGCCGGAGCCGGUGGCGGGCAGCAGCCGGGUCAAGUCGACCACCUCGCUGCCUGAGCGACUGCGCCAGCUCGGCCUGCUGCGCUUCAUGGCGCUGGUGGAGCGCGCCGGCCUGGAGAAGCUGCUGCUCUCGCGAGGAGGGUUCACCGUGUUCGCCUUCACGGACGAGGCCUGGGCCAUGCUGCCAUACAACCUGCGCGCUCAGCUGACGGCCGACCCGGAGCGGCUGCGCCGGCUGCUGCUGCACCACAUCACGCCCGUGGCGCUCAAGCUGGCCAGCUUCAACGACAACAUGGUGGUGAAGAGCGCCAGUCCCAGCGGCGCCACGCUGCGCAUCAACAUCUACCAGAUGAGCCGCUACAGCAAGCGCGUGGUGACCGUGAACGGGGCGCAGGUGCUGCGCAGCGACGCCAGCGCCUCCAGCGGCGUGGUGCACGUAAUCGACAGGGCACUGGUGGCCGAAGCCAGCGUGAAUGCGCUGGAGUACGUCACGACGCGGGAGUGCGCCGACCUCGACUUCGGCGGCAUCGCCAGCAUAGUGGCGAGGCUGGGGGUGACUGAGCUGCUGAGCCAGGAGGCGCCGCUGACGCUGUUCCUGCCCAUCUCGGCGGCCUUCAGCGACACGGAGAAUGUGUCCGAGGACUUCAGCAACAGCUCCAUCGUCAUGCAGAACUCUCUGCUGUACCACCUGGUGCCGGGCGCGUUCUACAGCGCCGGCGUGCGCGACGGCCAGUGGCUGGAGACGCUGCUCGACGGGCAGGAGCUGCAGCUGCAGGUCGUCACCGACGGCUACACGCGCCGCAUCUCCACCGUCAGCAAGCAGGCGCAGGUGAUUCGCGCCGACAUCCCCGUCGCCAACGGCGUGGUCCACAUCAUCGACUUCGUGCUGCGGCCGGAGCGUAACCUGCAGCGGUGCGACGCGCGCUGAGGGGAGGAGUGCCCGGCCCGACCAGCGGGGUCCAGCUGCCGACCCUCCUCCUGGAACACCUCCACAACCUCGCCUACGCGGACGGAGCUGGCACGGACCGGCAAGAGUUCAGGAGAAUAUGGACGCCUGUUAGGGCUAUAGGUGUUGUUACUACGUGGGAUUAUAAUCUCGUUUUAUCGUUGAGUUAUGUUGCUAAGAGUUGUUGGCUGACAAGGUAAUGCGAAACUGUUUUGAGUGACUGUGAUCUGCUCUUCGCUACUCGUGCUGUCUUUUUCAUGCAGUCGUUCUAAAAAUCUUGUUUUCUAAAACGCACGGCUAAGGUAUGGGGAACAGUUCUUUUUAAGAGGCUCAUUCUAUUUAGAUAUAGACGUUCGGGCCAUAUUUUGCCCGGUUUUCGUCAAAGCCUAACAAUGACCGUGCGGCAAUGCAUGAAAAAACCGACUUGGAAUUUGAAUAUCUCCUCUUGCCCCUUUUGAAAGUUCCUACCUUCUUGCAUUUAGAGGCACUGUGUGUUUUAUUAAAAUCACCGUCUCAUAUGAAGCCAUGAUCCGAGCGUUACUAGCUUGUGCAUGGCAUUCUGGUCUUCUUUAGGAACAGGGUGGCGGUCUUACUGAACACCGUAAACACCAAACCACCCACAGGCUUGGUACGAUCCUGACACAAUGUCUAGUCACGCUGGGGGUUGAGGGUGCAAUUUGACUUUCCAGGUAUUUUUCGGGACGUGUGAAGGACGGUCGGCGAUCCAUGUGGCAACUAUGUGGCAUCUCACCGUAUCUGAAAACAGCUAACAGUUUGCUAUGUCGGAGUGGAGCAGAUCAACCUUUUCACCAAUUAUCCUUAAGAGUAUAAGGUCUUAAGGGUCUUAAGGGCCAAGAACUGUGCUAGAAUUUUAAUUUGGCUGAAACGAGCAAAAUAUACAAAUGCAAUAUCAGCUAUCAGCCCCGCGAAAUCCCUAAUACUUGACUUAUCACUAUACCACCUUUCCGAUUUUCAUACCGAUUUUCCCGCCUUGUCUUUGCCUGUGGUGCCAGUGCACAAAAUGCCGCUUUAGUGAAAGUAAGACCGGGCGAAAAUCGCGUUCCCGUGGGCCCGUGUGAUGUUCUAAUUUCUCCAAAAUGAUCACUGUGUAAC